AGCAUCACCCUCGGCAAUACUCCUUGUACAUGCUGCCACUGUCGCUCCACUCCAAUCGAGUGGCGUCGACGUUCAUCCGCAGCCAUGUGAUACGGAAUCGCAUUUGGACGCGCCGUGCCCAUCUCAGAACCCUCACGACUCUGGCCAUUGAGACUUCCUGUGAUGAUACUUCGGUAGCCAUCCUGUCCUCAUCAGAACAAGACGGGACUCAAGUUCAUUUCCACGAAAAGAUCACAGCGAACAAUGACGCCUAUAAUGGCAUACAUCCGUUGGUGGCACUUCACUCCCAUCGAGCCAAUCUGGCGCCACUCAUACAAAAAGCCCUGAAGCAGUGCCCUUCCCAGAUUGACUUCAUUUCCGCCACCAGAGGCCCAGGCAUGCGAUCAAACCUCGCUGUAGGCCUCGAUACUGCCAAAGGCCUGGCUCUGGGACUGAAUAUCCCAUUCCUUGGAGUGCAUCACAUGCAGGCACAUGCUCUCACCCCAAGACUUGUGCUUGCUAUGAACGCCCCCCCUUCAAGUGUCGAUGAUGUAGUACAGCCCGCCUUUCCCUUCCUCACAGUGCUCGUCAGUGGAGGCCAUACCAUGCUCAUUGACUCUGCCGGCUUGACAGACCAUUCCAUUCUCGCGGAAACAUGCGACAUUGCGCUGGGGGAUUGUCUGGAUAAAGCUGCUCGGGCGAUCCUACCUCGUGAUCUCCUCCAAGCCCCCUAUGGCAAAGCGCUGGAAGACUUUGCUUUCCCGCAGGCGCCAUUGGACUACGACUAUACGGCACCGACACGCCGAAAAGAAGAACUGGAGUACCGACAAACUCGCUGGUAUUGGGGUCUCAAGCCGGUGUUCGCUGACAGCAAGGGUGGUAUGAAAACAUCCCGCCGAAUGGCCUACUCUUUCGCUGGUCUUCUAUCAGCAGUCGAACGCCUGCUCCAUCGCAAGACCGCUCCUGAUGGCCAUCUGACAGACGAGCAACGUAAGCAGGAAGAAAUCUCAGUUGACGAACGGCGUGAUCUGGCCAGAGAGAUUCAGCGCGUGGCUUUCGAGCAUCUGGCUUCAAGGGUGCUGUUACACCUCUCAUCUAUGUCCAGUGUCGCGUCGAUCAACACCAUGGUCGUGUCAGGAGGCGUAGCAUCUAAUCAUUAUCUUCGGCACAUCAUGCGUUCCAUGCUUGAUGCUCGAGGGUAUACUCACAUCAAGUUGGAGUUUCCUCCCGUCGAAUUAUGCACUGAUAAUGCACUAAUGAUCGCCUGGACGGGAUUGGAAAUGUGGCGAGCUGGGUACAGGUCGGACUUGGACAUUGAACCCAUCAGGAAGUGGAGCAUGGACCCGAAAGCUGAGGAUGGAGGAAUACUGGGAGUGGGAGGGUGGAGACAUGAUGGGCAAAGCUGAAUACAGCACAAUUUCAAGUUCAACCAUGUACUUCUAGAAUCCCGCAAGCAGGCAGGCUUUGUGUGACGAUGAUAAUAUUUGUUGUGGAAGGCCACAUGCCUACCACUUUAGCAGAGCGAAGGCUUGUUGCUUGCUUCUGCUUCCAGAUGCCCUUUCAGCUAACAUACCAAGGUUCGACUUGCAUCAUCAUAGCGGUUAGUCCAGUGUUGACUGACCGGUCGUGGGGUGGUAUACGGUCGCAAAGGAGUUGACAUUACGACUGUCGCUAGACAUGGCGAAGAUGUUGAUGUCUCACAUGCCAGGAAGAUGAGGUGCGACGUGUUGCAAGUGGGAAGAAAGAGAAGAAGAAAGGAAGAGCAGGCCAAGUCUAGUGUCACCAACGUUGGUUCCAUGGGCGCACC